GCUCCUAAGGCCACUAGUGCCGACGUGGAUUCGAACCGUUUAUUAGUAGUGCUCGUGUCACUUCAACACACCUACACUUGUCACACCAGUAGUCUAAAAAAGAUGAGUUCUGUAGCUGAGAUCAAUCUGGGGGGAGGUCGGGUAGAGGGAUUUCGUAGGUCUGUAGGAAAAUUUUCCAGAUUUGUUUAUGAUGUGGAUGUUUUACUUCUUAUUGCUGUAGCGUCAUCGGUGGUGAUUUUAAUCUGCCUUCUUCAGUUGAAUGAAACUUAUAAAACUAGGUAUGUCACAUUAGGCAUCAUCGUUUGCUACACUAUGGGUAUUGUGGUUGUUGAGCAUACACUCCAUCAGUCGAUUGAGAAUAUUUUUAGGGCUUGGGAAGAAAGGUUUAGAAACUAUCAUUUAGUAGGAAAAGCUGGAGGGACAUUGGGUGUUUUACUUGGUUUUGCUUAUCUCACAGAGCUUAUAGAGUCAAAAGAGGGAUGGAAUGGAUUCGCUUAUGCGUUUUACUUUUCUUGCUAUUUACAUUUAACAUCUCUUACUAAGCUGUAUGGACGGGAGGAUAUGUUUAGAGCAGCCGAUAGUCUCAUGGCGGUCAUAGUCAUGCUGUUCGUCAAGAGUCCAAAAGACAAUCGGAAAGCCUGGCGAGUUUGGGUGCUUUUCAGUGUUGGGUUUUUGGUGUCGCUGUUCAAAUUUUCCGGACCUGAGAGAGCUCAAGAUGCAGAUCAGAAUCCCAGCGGAGACAGUGGAGCUCAAGAUGUAGAGAAUGCCGGCGGAGACAGUGGAGCUCAAGAUGUAGAGAAUGCCGGCGGAGACCGUGACUUCCGCCUCAGGGAAUUUUCCGCCCCACGACGUUGAACGGCUCACGGCAGCAAAUUUGUCAGCUUCCUUACUCGUCUUUUUGUCUAUCGGUCAUUUUGUAUGAACUUUAAUAUCGAGCAUGUUUUUUAGCUAGUCCGUACUCCGUAUUGUAGGCAUUUGGUUACAAUGUUUCAUUACUUUAACAAAAUUUAGCUUGCAAAUCAUCUAUCAUAAAUUUAGUUCCAAAACAAUCGCACUUUUGCC